CGUCACUGAUAAUCGCUGGCACGUCUCUGGUUCAAGAAUAUUGGGACAGCAUAUGACCAGAGAUGUGACCUCGAGAAAAUGUAAUUUUGGUUAUAGUGGUGUAAUGCACGAUAUCUACGGUGACAUCUCCCCUUCUUCAAAUAAUAUUAAGCGUAGAAUAUUUGUUAAGAGACGAUUAAGCAUUGUAAGGUUCGUGGAAAGUUUAUUAAAAAAAGUGAAUUAACAUGGCGUCGAGUAAUUCUACUUGUAACAUACAAGAUUGAACAAAUGAGGCGAAGGUUAUGUACGAGAUUUACGGACUAAAUACGCCCCUUCUGACACACGGCCCAGGCUGAUAAGGGAAAAAUAUCUGACAUCGACUGCCCACAUGCCAGAGACAAUGAGCAUACUAAGGAAGAGGUUAAGCGAUUACGAGGAGAUCACAAAAUCCGAAGAAAUAGAUCUUUCGAAUCUCAGAAGAUUAUGCUUUCACGGAAUUCCGGAUGAAGGCGGACUGAGGCCGUUAUGCUGGAAAUUACUGCUAAACUACCUACCACCCACAAAAGCGAGUUGGUCAGAGACUCUGACACGUAAGAGAGAAUUGUACAAAACUUUCAUCGAAGAUUUGAUCGUGAUGCCAGGGGAGUCAGAUAACGAUGGCGACAGAGUUGACGUCACUUUUGAUGACCAUCCUUUGAACUUGAACCCGGACAGUAAAUGGCAGACUUUCUUCAAAGAUAAUGAAGUGCUGUUGCAAAUUGACAAAGACGUGAGACGACUGUGCCCAGACAUAUCAUUUUUUCAACAAGGCACAGAUUACCCGUGCACAGCGAUCGUUAAUACCAGCGGUGUAAAGCGUCUGCAUCGAAGAGUCCAACACACGGUUUUGAAAAGUGCUAACGUCGAGAGAAAAGGACUGGGAAUAACCAAGCAGAUAGCAGUCGCGGUCAGAAAGGCAGUUGAAGAUUAUGCGCCACUAUCGGAAGGAGGUGAGGCUCACUGGGAAGUCUUGGAAAGGAUUUUAUUUAUAUACGCAAAGUUAAAUCCUGGCCAAGGGUAUGUACAGGGUAUGAACGAAAUAGUUGGUCCAAUCUAUCAUGCCUUCGCUUGCGAUCCUGACUGGCAAUGGAGAGAGUAUGCAGAGGCUGAUACGUUUUUUUGUUUCACUAAUUUAAUGGGAGAAAUUCGCGACUUUUUUAUCAAGUCUCUGGAUGAAGCUGAAUUCGGAAUAAAUUCAAUGAUGACCAAGCUGACCCGGCAAGUUAAGGACCACGAUUACGACGUUUGGCUACGCUUGAAUCAACAAGAAUUAUGCCCCCAGUACUACAGCUUCAGGUGGUUGACGCUUCUACUUUCUCAAGAAUUCCCACUUCCCGAUGUGAUGAGAAUUUGGGACUCAUUAUUCGCAGACGAAAACAGAUUUAGUUUUCUCAUCCAUAUCUGCUGCGCUAUGAUAUUAUUACUCAGGGAACAACUUUUAGCUGGUGAUUUUGCCACGAACGUUAAACUAUUACAGAAUUUUCCUUCCAUGGAUAUUCAAAUCGUUCUUUCGAAAGCGGCAGCCCUCGCUGGAAAAACUUUGAAUUCUCCGUAAAUGGCUGGAUUUUCACGGGCGUCAAAUUGACACAACAGCAAAAUGCCACGAGUCUCAACCACGUGGUUGAGUCAGUGGUUCUCAGUUGCGUUUUUACCCUGAGAAUUGAAAAAUCUAGGAAAGUCGAUUGGAAAUGUCAACAAACGGAGAACCUAAAGAAGCCAGAAGGAUAUCGAACAAAACGGCAGCGGUUAUCCGAGGCAAAAGAAUAAUCCAAUUCGUUGUUAUUCUUACAGAAUCGUGCACUCGUCCAUAAUUAAAAUUACUUUUCAUAUGUUUAUUACCGCAUAGUUCAUACUGAAAAUAUUUCGGUGUGUCCAGGACCUUUUUACGGAAAUCAAGAGUCCUGGAAAUCGCAAAAAGCAAGUCUAAUCCUUUUGGAUUUUGUCACUCAAACUUGACAAUCAGCCGAUUUUAAGAGAUAGUCUAAAUAAUUCUUUGAUGCACAAUAUCGACAUAAUUAUUCAAGAGGAAUCAAUUGCGCAUAAGUUAGACACGCUGUCAACAAUGAAUCGAAACUUACAGCUAGAAAUUAUUCAAUUUGUACGGGGUUUUCAAGAAAUUCAAAUAGAUUAUAUCACAAACUCAUAGCUACAGAGUUCCAGUUUCAGUUUAUUUAAUGUGCCUCAGUUGUGAUGCAAGUGUUCAAGUGUCUGUGAAGUCAGUGCGUACUACUUUACAAAGUUUCCGAAUGGUAUAACUCUGAUAUGUUAUACUACACAGUACACUAUACUAAUACUACUGUGAUGUACCAGUAAUUACUACAAUGAAGCAAUCAUUGAUAUGAUAAGUAUAAUAUUUCCAAUAGUAUUGGACUUGAUGACAAGAAAAUAAAUGCAAUACAAUGAACAGACAAUACAUGAGGAGUCUGACUAACAUAUAAGGAAAAAAAAGUGCCAUAUACAUAGCUCUUAGCAGAAUGUGAAAUAUACAAGAGAGUUGAUAUUAUAGUUUGUAAGCGCAAUUUCAGUUCCGGUCUAAGCCUAGAAGCUAUGAACCUCUGCAGGAUACUACACGAAUAAUAUUGUAUUGUUACUAUUUUACGAAACCAGAAAUAACACGAAUGAUGCUUACGA